GAGAGAACAGUUUGUAGUUAGAAAGCAGCGGUGUGACCAUGCCUGAACCAGCCAAGUCCGCUCCAGCCCCGAAGAAAGGCUCCAAGAAAGCGGUGACCAAGACCCAGAAGAAAGAUGGGAAGAAGCGCAGGAAGACAAGGAAGGAGAGUUACGCCAUUUACGUGUACAAGGUGCUGAAGCAGGUGCACCCCGAUACCGGCAUCUCCUCCAAGGCCAUGAGCAUCAUGAACUCCUUUGUCAACGAUGUGUUUGAGCGCAUCGCAGGGGAAGCCUCCCGCCUGGCUCAUUACAACAAGCGCUCCACCAUCACCUCCCGGGAGAUCCAGACCGCGGUCCGCCUGCUGCUGCCUGGGGAGCUGGCCAAGCACGCCGUGUCCGAGGGCACCAAGGCUGUCACCAAGUACACCAGCGCCAAGUAACUGCUGCCCCAUCUC